GCAUUUUUCCUCUGGGUUUCUGGUUCUUUGGUCUUUGCUGACCUUGUUUCUCCCCGACAGACCACAUCUUUUGGAGCAAAGCGGAUCUUCUUUCCUGGAAUGAGAAAGAUCACACUGGACUUUCAGUCCGUCUAUAAUUAAGGUGAAGGCGAUACACACCAUGAUGCAACACACUGAUGGCAAAGGUGCCUGCUGACACAUUGCAGCAAAGGAUGCUGGGUAAUACCAAACGUUUUUUCAGCAGUGCGGAUGAGAAAGAUGGCGAGGAUGAGGAAGAUGAGGAGGAUAGAUUGAAGAGAGGGAAACAAAAUGGGAUGAUAGAUGUGGAAGGAAAGGAACACCAGAAUCACGGUGGACGCAAGGCAGAGGGGUCAAAGCCUGCGGCCGUUGUGAUUGGAUGGCAGAGAGGAGACAGACAGCCCAGGACUGCCCAUAGAGGAAUUCCUCAUUUGCCCAGUCAGCCGACGCUUUAUCAUCAGAUGACCAAUCAGCCGCAGUAUCACCCGGUCCUGACCAAUCAGCAGGCACGGAGGCGUCUCAUGGAGCGGAGUAUGACCACGGUCACGCCCGUUGAAGACUCGCACCUCGCCAUCAUGGUGUUCCGCAUUGGCAUACCUGACAUCAAACAAACGAAGUGUUUGCGGUUUGAUCCCGAUGCCUCCGUUUGGAAUGCGAAGCAGCAGAUUAUUUGUACCCUCAGUGAGUCGUUGUGGGACGUUUACAAUUAUGGCCUUUUCCAGCCAGCGAGAGACAGACGAGAUGCCAAGUUCCUGGAGGAAGAGCGCUUGCUUGGAGAAUUCUCACAGUCCCUGGAGAAGGGAGUGCCCUAUCUGGAGUUCAGAUACAAGACACGGGUCUACAAACAGACAAACCUGGACGAGAAACAACUUACAAAGUUGCACACCAAGGCCAAUCUGAAGAAGUUCCUGGAUUAUGUUCAGUGUGGAGCCGUGGAGAAGUUGAGUAAAGCUCUGGAGAAGGGACUCGAUCCAAACUACCAUGACACUGAGAGCGGAGAGACUCCUCUUAGUCUGGCGGUUCAGGGGAGUUUGAGUGUGGAAGGAAUCCGUGUUCUGGUGCUGAAUGGGGCACAUGUGGAUUUCCAGUCCAGAGACGGUCUCACACCUCUACAUAAAGCCGUCAGAGCUCACAAUCAAUCAGCACUGCUGGCGCUGUUAUCUCUGGGGGCCUCUCCGGAUUAUCGGGACCGCUGUGGUCUGACGCCGCUGUACCACUCAGUGCUGACAGGGGGAGACACUUCCUGUUGUGAAGCUCUGCUGUAUUACAGAGCUCAACUGGGCGUCACAGAUGAGAAUGGAUGGGAUGAGUCACAUCAGGCGUGUCAGCACGGAUUUGCUCAACAUAUAGAACAUCUUCUUUUCUAUGGUGCUGACACCACUUCCCAGAAUGCAUCAGGAAACACUGCCCUCCACAUUUGUGCACUUUACAAUAAGGAGAGCUGUGCCCGGGUCCUCCUUUACAGAGGAGCCAAUAAAGAGAUCGAAAACAAACAUGGCCAAACCCCUUUCCAGGUUGCCGUGAUGUCCGGCCAUUUUGAACUUGGAGAAAUCAUAAAAAAUCACAGUGAUGCAGAAAUCGUUCCAUUUUUGGAAACUCCUAAAUAUGCCCCUCAAUGUAUGGACAGUGUGCCAAAUCAAUCCCACACAGCUGGCCUUCAACAUCAGCACCCGCUGCUCCGCGCCAAGAGCGAGAACACGAUGACAACACUCAUGGAUCCUGUAGCCCCGCCCACCACUGCUGCCAGCAUGCCGCCUGCUCAAGUAGCGCGGGCGUCUUUCGCUCUGAGGAGUUCCAGCAGUCCACGUGGAGCUCGAACACGUUCUCCAUCUCGUGGGAGAGAAGGAGGAGACAUGGAGGACAAACAGCAAAAACAACGCGGGAGGCAAGGGCCAAUUGGUUGCUUAGGAAGCCUGACAGGAGUCACUCAAGGGGAUGGUGGCCAGAGGAAGAGGCUGUACAGUGCUGUUCCGGGUCGCGUGUUUGUGGCGACACGUUCUCACUCCGCUCACGGUGAGCGUGAGAUCAGCCUCAGCAAAGGGGACAAGGUUAAAGUGCUCAGUGUGGGUGAAGGGGGAUUCUGGGAGGGGACAGUGAAGAGUCACACAGGCUGGUUUCCUGCCGACUGUGUAGAAGAGGUGCUGCCCCAAAACCAGGAGCCGCAAACAGAGAGCCGCAAUGAGAAAGCGAAGAAGAAACUGUUUCGUCAUCACACUGUUGGAACAUACGACGGCCUUGAGGUGCCCAGUGAUUACAUCAUAAAGGAGAAAACUGUUCGUCUGCAGAAAAAAGACAAUGAAGGCUUUGGUUUUGUACUCAGAGGAGCUAAAGCUCAGACUCCAGUUGAAGAGUUCAGUCCGACUCCAGCCUUUCCUGCUCUGCAGUACCUUGAGUCUGUCGAUGAGGGGGGCGUUGCCUGGAGGUCUGGUCUGCGGAUGGGGGACUUCCUGAUUGAGGUGAAUGGGAUGAAUGUAGUGAAGGAGGGUCACAGGCAGGUGGUGAACAUGAUUCGUCAGGGCGGGAACAGUCUAAUGGUGAAGGUUGUCAUGGUUGCGCGCAAUCCUGAGAUUGAGGAAAUGCCCAAAAAGAAAGUUCCCCAGCAAAGUAAGCGGCUAACCCCUCCGGCUAUCGCGCUACGCUCCAAAUCUAUGACUUCAGAGCUGGAAGAGAUGGCAACACCAUGGAAGAAGAAACCAGAUCACAUCGAAAGCUCACAAGCUCCAGAGAAGAAGAGAAGUGUGUAUCAAAUGGCUCUUAAUAAGCUGGACGAGAUUCUAGCUGCUGCUCAACAUUCAAUUAGCACACCAGACUCUCAGGGUCAUAAAGGUCAAGGGGGCAAGAAGGAGCGAAACAAGGGUUUUACUGCUAAUGAGCAAAGAGAUGAACAAUCAGGUGUUGGCAUGAUGUCAUCAGGGUCUGAGUAUGGUUAUAACCAAGCUCAGUUUACAUUAGGCCAUUCAACUCAGCGUGCAAUGAUGAUGCGUCAGAAAUCUAUGGUAGUGACUGAAGAGGAGAGGGUACAUCUGCAUCCUGCUAUGAAGCUGUCCCGCAGCCUUUCUGUGCCAGGACCAGAGGAUAUACCCCCUCCACCAGACACCUCAGCGCCUGAGCCGCCCCUGUCUGCCAGUGGCCACACGGACAGGAGAGCGGCGCCAACACAAUUUUAUGGUGUCCCACCUCUGCCUCCAUCACACAAUCCAUCUCACAGCCAGACACAGCACAGAGUCCAGACCAACCACAGGGAGGAAACUGAUACCAGCAAGAUGGGCGGAGCAAGAAUUGGUGGCCUGAGGCGUGGCUAUAGCAAUGCCGUGCCUCCCUCUGAUGUCGGUGCCAAGCAGUCCACCACACAGCGGAGCCAAGUGCCAGUGGUCCCUACGAUCACAGGUCGGCAGGGUGGGAAGGGGCUGUUGGUCAAACAACGCAAGGUGGAGGAGACUACAAGCAGUGUUGAGAAAAGUUCCAUUUCAAUCCCGACGAUUAUUGUUAAAGCGCCAUCUACCAGCAGCUCUGGGCUUAGCAGUCGUGCAAGCAGUGAGGACACAGAGCCUCCUCCUGAGCUUAACAAAGAACAGGAGGAGGGUAACCCUCCAAACUCAGUGUCUACUUCUACACGCACUCCACCUCAACCACCCAAUAUACCACCAAAACUUGAAUGUCUUGGUAGGAGCACAGCACAGCGUGAACGCGAGCAUUACCGUGAUUCCCGUCAGAGAAGCGCCUCUUUCUACUAUUCCUCUGAGGAGGACAUAUUAGAUGAGCAGGAGUCUACUGAGACUUCAGCUGAGAAUAGCUCCUCUGUUUGUUUGAACCCUUCCAAAUCUAUCGAUGAGGGCUUGAUCUCUGGUGACGCCUUAAGCAUGCCACCUGCAUUUGGGUUGCCGCAGUAUGCAUCUGCUACACCUCAUCAGGCCACUACUUUCAUCCACCCAUUGACAGGAAAAGUUCUAGACCCAACAAGCCCUCUUGGACUAGCGCUGGCAGCAAGGGAACGAGCUCUGAAAGAUGACCGUCGCACACGUAAAGAGGAACGACACUUUGGUCGGCAGCUGUCAAGCACUGGAGUCUUUCCUUCUGCUAUCUCCCCGCCCAACCAGGAGCCAGAUCCUCCCUUCUAUAUCUACCAAUCACAAAACUCACUCUACCUAAGUGACGCACCACCAACAUCAGGUGGGCCGGUCCCCCAGAGUCGCCCCCAGUCUCCUCGGAUUUUGCGAUUGAGUGGUGGUGGGACGGAAAGUCUGGAAUGGAACAAAAAGAAUGUAGCGGAUAGAGAGGAAAGAGAGGCUACCAAUGUGCGUGUCACAGAAAAUCAAGUGAAUCAGUACCAGACUCACCUUCAAGACAGGGACAACAGAACAAAUCAGUACCAAACUUACCUGUUUGACAGAGAGAGAGAAGGGCACAAGAGGAUACCACCUAAGCCCCCACCCAACAGGCCAUCCUUUCCAGGCAAGGACAUUGAACUCAGCAGAGCUGGUAAAAGUCCUGCUUGCAAUGCCCAGGAGACAAACAGGGCAGGACAGAAGACGGGAGACAGGGAAAGAGAGAGUGGAAUGGAGAGGGAGGUAGAGAAAGAUCCAAAGAGAGGAGGAAAUCUAGGAGAUGGAGAUGUAAUGGUACUUCCACCUCCUGCACCUUCUGUGGAUAUGGAUGAUGAGCUUGUGUUUGCAGAACCUCUACCACCCCCAAUCCAAUUUUCUAAUGGAAUUGAAAUCAACAUGCAUGGAAUAACAGAAUAUAGUCAACAGCAUAUGGAGCUGUCAGGAUCUCAGUCACUCAAGGAGUCCCUGCAAAUGUUGCCUAAACCCUCGCAAGGCUCAAUGUCCCUGCCAGCCAACACUAAUUCUGACUCCCAGCAGACACUGAUCCAUCCUUCUGCAGUUGUACAUCCAUUUAUUUUCCCACCGAAUCCUCUGAUAGCCCCUCCCCAGCUGUUUCCCAAACUACCAGCCCCAAAUCCACCUCAAUCCCAACCCCCAGUUUAUUCCCAACCUCCACAACACCUGAAAACCACCCAACCACAUCCUUUACCUUCGCCACAAGUGGGAGACUCUGCCACAUCUAGUAUUACAUCUUAUGACAGUGAGGUGGCCAAUCUUACCGAAUCUGCUCUUUCCCCAUCUCUUCCAUCUCUGCAAACCUUCCCGUCUUCCAGUUUGCCAUCUGCCCCUCUGAAUCGGCCUCUCUCGCUUUUCUACCCAUCGCAAGGCCACAGCAAUGUGUCCCAUUCAUUUCAAACCUUGGCUGCAACUGCAGCUGUAGUAACUGUCACCACAACAAUGCCUUUGGAAAGCUUGUCAUCAGUUGCAGGUGACCGACUUCUGAAGGGCCAUGAUUGGCCAGAAGCUGUGGUAGAUUCUGGAAUUGAAGAACUGGAUAGUCACAGCAGCAGUGAUCCUCACAUGGAAAACCUUGUGAUGGAAAAAGGAGGACGAGAGAACGAAAUAGUAGGAAGAAGGCUAGAAAGCAUGGAGAGUGUGAUUGUUCGGGAUGGGUUCACAUGCGACAGACGAGUGUCUCUCGAUUCGUCACUUUCUCACACAGAGACAUUUGCUCAAAAAGUAAACAGUGCUCAGAACAAAACACACAUGCACAAAUACAAUUCUCCAAACCUUCCACUCACCAAAACACAAAUGCAAAACAUGUAUCGUGGACAUGCAGAGAAUGGGCGGACCGGACCAUCGCUACAGCGGCAGGCAAGCACAGCUCCCGACAUAUUUAGAUCAAGGGAAGAGCAUGAACUGGGAAGAGGAGGAUAUACCACAGUGAAGAUGCCACCAUUUAUGGAUCGGCGUCUGAAGUCUCCUCUCUCCAGCGUUAAAGCCAGCAUCAUUAAUGAACUGAACAGUAAACUACAGCAGUUUGGUGGAUGCCAGGGCCAGGGGCCACAGCAAAUUCACAGGUUUUCAGUUGAUUCCUGCUGUGCACCCCUCCUUCCUCCCACUGUGCACUCUCUCCAGCGUUCCUUCACCUCAAACCUACCCCCUAACUCUUUAACAUCUAACUUCCCUGCUGCUGCUCUUAACCCUAACCCUGUACCCUCUUCUCCAUUUCCCAUGACCUCUCUAACUCCAGCCUUAACUCCCACUCCACUACCUCUGACCCCAGCCCCAGCUCCACUGCCUCUCAAAGACUGGACUCCAUCAAAUUCUCCUAUUUCUUUUCCUCAUGGGAUUCUGUCCCCUCCGUUGUUGCCCCACGCCCCUCUGUCUCCCCUCUCCCUUGCUCAUGCACCCCUCUCUCCUCCGUCUCCUCAUCCCCCAAUUUCUCCAAUUUCUCUCUCACAUCCACCUCUCUCUCCUUCCUUCAUGACUCACUCUCCCCUCUCUCCAUCCUAUUCCCAGUAUCCAUUGUCUCCAAAACAUCGCUCAAAGUAUCGUGGCAAAGCUUCAGAGUUAUUGUUUUCAAGGCCGGAGCUGAGGCACUCCGAAUCACAUUCGUACGUUCAGCGACGCAGAGCACCCAGUCCUCUCAUCUCCUGCUCGGAUCACCCACAACCUGAACCCCCACGGCCAUCCUCGCUUCCUCUCUUUCCUUCUACGCCACUUUAUGGCACUCUGUAUGAAAUACAACCCCCUUUAACGCCCCCUCUAGCAGUCGCCCAUCAUUUAUCAGACCACUUCUUCUCCCAAACUCCUCCUCUGUUCCCGAUCUCGUCGCCCGUAGCUCCUUCGAACCCCACGCUGGUCUCCAGCUCUCUCUCCCCAACCAACUUCCUCUCUGGAGGCUCCUCCCCUUCCUGUAUGAGCUACCCUCCCCUAACACAUCCUCCACCCAAUCAGCCCUUUGUGUCUAAGCCCCUCCCAUACUGGAGCAAAUACGAUGUUGCAGAUUGGCUGACAUACCUCAAUCUGGCAGAGCACAAGGAACGUUUUCUCAACAACGAGAUCGACGGCUCCCACCUGCCAUCUCUGACAAAAGAGGACUUUCUGGAUCUGGGCGUGAGUCGGGUCGGACAUCGCAUGAACAUUGAACGUGCGCUUAAGAGACUUACAGUCAGGCUCUUCUCUGCUUUCUCGGUCUCCACUGUUUCCUCUGAUGGGCAGAAUGAACACAUGAGGGACGAGGGGACACAAAGCUAGAGAGAGAGAGAGACAGUUAGAGAAUAGAAAGGAUGGGGUUAUACAGAAAAUAAGUGCUUGAAAUAAAAGGGAAAGACGUCCGCUGAAGGACAUGCACUGGAUGUGGAUGAUUGGACAGGAGUAACUGACACAGUGCAGCACGAACGCUCUCUAAUAAAGCGAACUUCUCCUUCAUUCUUCUGAGCACGUUUGUCCUCCCAGUCGAGUCUAGGAUGACAAACGUCCAGAGCCAAUCAGAGCCAGACAGAAAGAAUAUACUACUUACAUUUUUUUGGCAAGAUCAAACGUGAUGGAUUUGAGUAUUAUGUUAUUAUUAUAUAAACACAAAUGAGGCUGUUGUGCAUAUGUUAGCAUCAUGACGUGCAGGCUAUGAUUAUAGUCAUCACAAAAUCCAAAAUGACCCUUUUUACUUUCUUAAUACUCAUUCACGGUCUUAUUGUGCACUAUGAAUCUGUGCAUGCUAUUCCAAAUAAAAAUGAAUCCAUAAUAAAUGACUUUACUUUUCAGCUGACAUCAUCCUCUUACUUUUCAUUCCCUCACCUCCAACCACCUGUCAUUUAGAGACCAUUUUUCAAAAUCAAGCCGUACUUUUUCCCUCACUUAGGAUCUAGUAUUUAGUGGCAAUCAGAAAUAUGUCAGAUUACAGAAAUAAAGUGGGUUGCAAAAAGCAUUUAAUGUUGUCUUUAUAUCGUAAAAGCUCUAAAAACAACAAAAUCAUGAUUCCAAUAAUUACCAUAUAUGGAUUAAGUAUUUAAGUGUUUUAAAAACAGAAUCAGUCUUCCAAAGAUCAGAACACAAUGAAAGAACCCAUUGUUUAUAUUGCUUAUGUGCGCUCUGUUCAGCCUACACAAACACACACAUGUACGCUAAUACAGACGUGUGUGUGUUUGUACGUGUGUGUGUGUGUGUUUGUUCUGGUUUGUGGUUGUUUUAUAGGAGCAAUGCAUAACUCUAUUUCAUUUAAAUCAUAUUUAAGGAUAUAGGAACAUGUGUGUGUAUGGAAAUGUAUGCAGAAUUAAAGGUAAAUAUUUAUAUAUAUAUAUAUAUAUAUACACCAGAUAUUUCUAUUGUUCUGUACAUUCAUUGAUGAAUAUGAUGAUACAUAAGCUUAA